AUGUCAGGGGUGGUGAUUGUGUGUAUAACAGCCCUGCUUGUGUAUGCUGAGAAGGCCCUGUUUACGGAGGUGACAUGGUGGUCUGUUCUGCUGGGAGGAACAUGUGAUAAUGAUGAUUAUGUUCCUCCCAGAAGAGUGGUGAUCGUGUGUAUAACAGCCCUACUUGUGUAUGCUGAGGUGGCCCUGUUUACGGAGGUGACAUGGUGGUCUGUACUGAUGGUGUGUCUCUGUGCUGCCGUCAUCCUUGGAAUCCUAAACAUCAUCUGGGUCCAGCCACAGAGCACACUGGGGCUCAAGUUCAAGGUNCCAGCCCUGCCCCUGCUGCCUGUCACCAGCAUGUUUGUGAACAUCUACCUGAUGAUGAAACUGUCGGCUCCAACAUGGAUCCGAUUUGCUGUCUGGAUGGCUGUGGGGUUUGUGAUAUACUUUGGUUACGGGAUGUGGCACAGCUCGGAGCACCUGCGCAAACAGGAGAGUCUCUCCCUCACACGGCAACAGGCGCGACACACCCGGCAACAGGCGCACAGCAGCUCCAGCUCUGAAACGAAGAAACUCCAGGCUUCCAAUGGAGUGUACGGUGCAGUACAAACUCAUGGUGAUUAAUCUCUAGACAGCUUUGUGCAAUUCUCAACUAAGGCUAUCUCGCAGACUUUUGUAGAAAAUCUGUUGUUAAAGUUUCUUUAAAUUCAUCAUGAAAUAAAAACAUAUUUUAAGCAGUUCAAAGGAACUGCUGCUCAAACCUAUAACCAACAGAGAAUAUUUUAUUCCAACACAACGUUACGGAUACAAAGAGAUCAAAUUUUCAGGGACCACUGUUGCCUUCAUCAGGAUAAUUAAUGACCAAUCACAAUUGAAAAUUUGUUCUCUGUGUAUCGUGUUGGAAUGAAGUUCAACAUUUUACUAUGAUUACUACCAACACAGAUGAACUUUCAUGGCAACAGAGAAUUGGUGUGCAAUGAUUACGCCAUCUACUGUGUACUGAAGGUUAAAAUCUACAGAUGAAAACUGCAGAUGGUUAACUAUAUGUAACUAUGGUGCCUUUAAACUAUCAUGUCGAAUGGCAAAAGUAAGAAAAUGUGACCAAAAUUAUAGACUUCAAUCUAUUUUCAAAGAACAAAUUUAAGAUAAGAUAAUUUUAAAGUUAAAAGAUUCAUAAUGCUGCACUAAUACUAUAAAUGAAUGUGCCUUUUUAAAAGUAACAUAUU